AUGCGCUCUCAUGCACACGUCAUUCGUGCCGCCAAUAGAGCUGGUACUCGAGUACCGACUCUGCACUGUGACUGGGCGGACGGAGACUCGCCCAUCACCUCUCCCGAUGUACCCCUCAAGCCCGUCGCCAAGAAAAAGGUGUCUGGUAAAGGAUCAGCGGAAAAGGAAAAGGCUAGGAGCCAGGAGGACGAGAGAGAGACGUUGCUCGCAAGGAUCGCCGAACUCGAAGGCCGACUCGCUGGUCUGACCCCUCCAAGUAGCGGCGAGUCAUCAACCAGUUCUGACCCUCCGCCCAAUCUGAACUUUGACUUUUCUUCCUACUUUUUGGUCCCGAGCGGAUGGCCGAGGAAUCUCCCGGCGCCAUUCCAAGUCUUCUUUGACCAGGUCCCACAAGCUCCCCGUAUCCUGAACCGUGCCAAACUCCUCGCUCGCCUGCAUCUGCCCCCGCACCACCCGUCCUUCCCUCAUCCAGCCCUACUCCACGCCAUCUCUGCCUCGGCAGCGCCUUACACGGCUUGGGUGAACUCGGUACCCCUCCACGCGUUGGAAGCGGGAGUCAAGGCCCGCUUCGCCCGCGGCGAAUCUCUCGAAACGUUCGAGGACUUUGCGCUGGCCCAGGCCGAGUCGGCUCACAGAGCAACCCACCAGACCAACCAAAUCUGUCAAGUGGGAUCUCCCGACUCGGUGUUUGAGAUCUUCCAGGCCGAGAUUCUCCUCUCGGACGUAUGGAUGUGUCGAGGAAUGUUUCUGAAAGGCUGGGUCAACGCAGGGAUAGCUACGCGAUACGUCAAAGGUCUCGAACUCAUCAAUCGGAAUUUCCCCAAGCGAUACAAGUGCGGCAUCCUCCCCGCCCCGGCCAACGCCGUCGAUCGCGAGGAGCGCUUGGCGAGUACCUGGCACGUAUUCACCAGCGAGGCGUUCUCUGGCGUCUCUCGGUACUGGCCGAUGAGUUUGGACGACAGAGAGCUUUAUUGCCGGCUGCCUGGCCCCGGUGGCGAGCUGGAAAAUCCGCAAGACGCCAAGGAUCCGCAAUUGUAUACAAAGUAA